AUCUACUUAAUACAACAGAAGAACAGCCGACAAUGCCAUCAAGUGAGACGUCAAUUGUGCAGAAUAUAUUGGGAAUGGACGUUGCGGAUUUGAUUCGUUUAUGCUUUAUCUUCGCCGCAUGUACAACAUUCACCUUCUUCUCGAUACCUGUCUUGAAUAUCCGAUUUGUCAACUACGGUGCUCGCACAAGCGGCCGAAACAAUGCCGUCCCAUCGAAAUCGGCCGCUCAUGAACCCACUGAUGAAUCUUCGUCGACGCCGUCACACAAUGCCGGAUUCAUAUCGCAACUGAUGGAUACGUUGACAACGUGGCAGGUACCACAUCGAUAUUUUACGCAUUACUACGUGCUUUCUGUCUUGUCCUCCGCAUUCUGGAUCAGCCAGCUUCUCUCGAAAGGUCCGGCUUUCCGUUUCGUUGCGUCCAACAUGAGCGAAGAGCAUCUACAAAACUCCAUGACCGUACAUCAGGUUAUUCUGUGUACGACUCUGAUGCUCAUUCAAGGCGGUAGGAGACUUUAUGAGAGCUUUGCGCUUGCGAAACCUUCGUCGUCUCGGAUGUGGGUUGUGCAUUGGCUAUUGGGUCUAUGCUUCUACGCUGGUAUCACUACAGCUGUUUGGAUUGAAGGGUCGGGGUCUGUGCUAUCCACAACGCUCACCAUCCAUGAUCUGCGAGUAUCUCAAGUUCCAUCUCUGAGGACGCUGUUAUGUCUCCCGAUUUUCCUGAUAGCUUCUGGUACUCAGCAUGAUGCCCAUCAUUACCUUUCCUCCCUGAAAGGAUAUACCGUUCCAAAACAUCCCCUGUUUCAAUGGAUAAUCUGCCCUCAUUAUACAGCAGAAUGCGCGAUAUACCUCUCUCUAGCCUUUCUUGCAGCACCGCAUAGAGAAAUAGUCAACAAGUCUGUUCUAUGUGGGUUGUUGUUUGUCGUGGCGAAUCUGGGUGUCACAGCAUACAACACGGAAAAAUGGUACAAAGCCAAGUUCGGCGAAGAUAGUGUUCGUGGGAAGUGGAAGAUGAUACCUGGUAUAUUCUGAAGAGAUAAAAUCCCCAGAGAAGAACGUAUUACAGGUUGAGAGAAGUUAUCGACAUCAUUUUCCUCGAUUCAGGAAUUUGAUUGAAUUUCCCAACUUCGCUACCUUGAGUACAUCGCGGUAGGUGAGACUGAUUCGAGUCUUUCUCUCGUAAGUCCCUGUUGCGUAGUUCUGCGGGUCUCCGAGGAGGUCCCAAUUACAUAUGGACUCUGGUGUCAGUUUGUCAUCCCUCAGCGUCUCUGCAAUUCCAUGCAGGUACUGAGUAUAUAGACUACCAGUUGUGAUCAACAAGCUCCGAGGUUCUUGCAAAACUCGAUACUUGGGCCCCAUACCCUCUUGGCCGGCACCAACACCAACACUUUCCCUUCCCAUUUUCUUCUCGUAAAGAU